AUGUCGGAUCGUGCUUCCCCAUCGCCGCGUCGUAGUCGUUCGCCAUCUCCAGGGGUGCAAGCUGAAGACAAGACAAGUGUACGACUGGAUACAGAGAUGCAGGACGUCCAUGAACGCAGUCGCAGUCAUUCACUCGCUCGUUCUUCUGGAACCGCCCCUUUAAAAGACGUGGAGAAUCCAGGCAACAAUUUGUAUGUUGCUAAUCUAGCAACAAGAGUGGGACAAGUGGAAUUGGAAGAAAUUUUUACAAAAUUUGGACGCGUGAGCAAGUGCGAAGUGAUUGUGGACCCCGUGACACGAGAAUCGAGGGGGUUUGGAUUUGUAACGUUUGAUGACGUACGCGAUGCAGAGGAUGCAGUAAAAGAAUUGAAUGAUCAAGAAGUACAGGGUCGGAAGAUGAGGGUGGAGCAUGCGAAACGGAAGCGUGGACACGAGAAAACGCCUGGACAGUACCUUGGACCGAGACUUGCUAGCGCAAAGUAUGGUGGACGCGAUCGAUCUACCAGAGAUCGUAGUCGUGACAGAGGACGACGGAGUCGUAGCCGAGACCGCGGCGGGUUCUCGCGUCGCUAUGACGAUAGAGAACGUGGUCGCUACGAUGAUCGGGACCGAGGGCAUGGGCGAUACGACGACCGCGAUCGUGGCCGUGGAGGCUACGACCGUGAUACGCGCGAUGACCGACGACGUCGUUAG